AUGGGGGUGCCCCUGCCUGAUGCGAAGGGCCGCUUGGGCGCUCUGUGGAAGAGGCUGAGUUGCAGCCUACGAACCCUUAUCCAGACCAAGGGCGGGCAGCAGAGCUGGGACGAGAUACACCUGCUGCAGCUGAAAAGGAUCUGGGAAUCUCCUCUUCUCUUGGCUGCCAAGGAGAACAACAUCCAGGCUCUCAGGAAAUUAAUCCAAGAUGGUUCUUGUGACAUUUAUCAAAGAGGAGCAACUGGGGAGACAGCGCUCCAUGUAGCUACUCUCUAUGAUUGCACAGAAGCUGCUGACUUUCUUCUGGAAGUGGCUCCAGAACUCAUCAAUGAGAAGAUAACAUCAGCACUUUAUGAAGGAGAAACAGCACUCCACAUUGCAGCAGUGAAUCAAAAUGUACAUUUAGUGAAAUGCCUGCUGAAGAAGGGGGCUCACAUCUCUAUUCCUCGAGCUACAGGACACUUCUUCAGGCGUAACUCCUCAAAUCCCUUCUAUUUUGGGGAGCAUGUUUUAUCUUUUGCAGCCUGUAUGGGCAAUGAGGAAAUUGUUCGUCUGUUAAUUGAAAAUGGAGCUGAUAUCAGGGCACAAGAUUCUUUAGGAAACACGGUUCUUCACAUUCUAGUUCUUCAACCGAACAGAACAUUUGCGUGCCAAAUGUACAAUCUCAUUCUCUCCUACGACAAGCAAGAAGGAAACUUGGAACCUCUGGAUUUGAUUCCCAACAAUGAAGGCCUCACUCCAUUCAAAUUGGCUGGAGUUGAGGGUAACAUUGUGAUGUUCCAGCAUCUCCUGCAAAAGCGUAAGCAAAUAAUGUGGUCUUUGGGGCCUAUUACCACCAUUCUCUAUGACCUUACAGAAAUUGACUCCUGGGGUGAAGACCAAUCUUUUCUAGAACUUGUUGUAUCAACAAAGAAAAAAGAG